AUGAACUUCAAAGCAGCUCAGGCUAUUGUGCUCACAUUAGUAGGAUGUAUGCUCAAUAAUGUUUUCUUAGAAUACAUAAUAAAGUUAGAUCCUGGCUCUGGUCAUUUAAUCACAUUCUGCCAGUUUCUUUUCAUUGCUCUUCAUGGAUUUAUAUUUACCUCCAAGUUUGGAACUGUCAAGCCAAAGAUUACACUCAGGGAUUACAUGACUCUAGUUGUAUUUUUCUUCACAACUAGUGUUGUGAAUAAUUGGGCAUUUGCAUUCAACAUUCCUGUUCCACUACACAUGAUUUUCAGAGCUGGCUCUCUAAUUGCUAAUAUGAUACUGGGUAUUGUUAUCCUGAGAAGACGUUAUACAUUGGAGAAAUAUGUUUCUGUAGCUCUUAUUACUUUGGGGAUUAUCAUAUGUACUCUGUAUUCUACUAAACCAAAACAAACAGCCUGUUAUGACUGUGAUCCUGAUGCCAUAAAUGUUCCUGGGGAAGUUCCAGCUGACCACUUUUUCUGGUGGGUUAUUGGAAUCAUCUUGUUGACUGGUGCAUUAUUGCUUUCUGCUGGAAUGGGGAUUUUUCAAGAACAACUUUACAAGAGACAUGGAAAGCACCCACAGGAAGCCUUGUAUUAUACGCAUUUGUACCCCAUACCUGGAUUCCUCAUCUACUCAUCAAGCCUUCUGGAGCAUGCUGCUAUUGCUAAUAACAGUGAAGCCUUCAAUAUUCCAUUCCUAAACCUUGAAAUGCCUAUAAUAUGGGGAUUUUUGCUGUUGAAUGUCAUCACACAAUUCUUGUGUAUUAGCAAUGUAUAUGUAUUAACUACAGAAUGUACAUCUCUCACUGUUACUCUUGUUAUCACUCUGAGAAAAUUCUUCUCCUUAUUGUUUUCAAUCAUCUAUUUCCAAAAUCCCUUUACUGCUGCCCAUUGGGUAGGCACUAUUAUGGUUUUCAGUGGAACAUUGAUGUUCUCAGAAACUCAUCAUAAACUGAAAGAAUUGAUUGCUCCUAGUCCUAAGACUCAGAAAAAAGAAUGA